CUGAACACGGUUUGGAGCCGGUGACGUCUGCUCCGGCAUCGCCGAGGGAGAAGAACGGGCGGCAGAGCGCGGGGCGGGCUCCGGGCGGCUCGGGGUCCCUGCCCGCCAUGCGCCGGCCGGGGGGCCCGCCGGGGGCCGGGGGGCUCCGCUGAGCCCCGGCCAUGGGGCCGCGCCGCUGGCCGCUGCUCUGGGGCUUGCGCGCCGUGCUGGUGCAGGUGGCCGUGCUCACGGCGGGGCAGCGCCCGCAGGAGAGACCCCCGGGAUGGUCCCCGGCCCCCUCAUCCCCGUGGGCGCCCACCGCGGAGCCGGCAGCGCCGGCGGACGGCGAGGGCUCGGCGGCGGCGCUGGCGUUCCUGCGCACGGGCGACGCCGAGCGCCUGGCCCGGGCCAACUGCAGCGGCGGUGUCGCGGCGGGGGCCGCCGGGCCCGGGCCCCCCCCGGCGCUGCGGGCAGCCCUGCGAGCCGCCCCCGAGGCGCUGGCCCACGCCGCCAACUUCCUCAACAUGCUCUUCCAGACCAACGACAUCCGCGAGGCCAGCGUGGCCGAGGACGUGGAGUGGUACCAGGCGCUGGUGCGCAGCCUGGCCGAGGGGCACCCGUGGGUGCGCAGGGCGGUGCUGGCCCUGGACGCCCACCCGCUGGCCCCCAAGCCGCGGCUGAUGCUGCAGGCCACCAAGGGGGACGGGCAGAUCCUGCUGCAGGACGUGUCCGGCGCCGCUCCCAGCCUGGGCAACCUCAGCUGGGACAACGAGUGGUUCAACGCGCUCAAGUCGCAGCGGGCGCCGGCGCUCCGCAAGCGGGUGCUCAGCAAUGACCUGCGCAGCCUGGAGACCCCCAAGUGGCAGCGGGGCGACAGCUACGUGGGGGACGCGGGCCACGUGCGCUGGUCCCCGCCGUUCCUGGAGUGCCGCGAGGGCCGCUUCCUGCCCGCCUGGGCCGUCACGCUCUCCGCCGCCUUCUACGGCCUCAAGCCCGACCUCAGCCCGGAGUUCAAGGGGGUCGUGCGGGUGGACGUGGAGCUGCGGGACGUGGCCAUCGACCAGUGCUCCAGCGGGCCGGGCUGGUUCUCGGACACGCAUCGCUGUGACCUCAACAGCACCCAGUGUGUCCCCCAGGAGAGCCGCGGCUUCGUCCUCGGGAGGUACCUGUGCAGGUGCAAGCCGGGUUUCUAUGGGACUGAUGGAGUGGCCAGCGGUGCCUGGGCAGGCGUGGCAGGGACAGACGGGGGGUCCCGGCUGGGGUGCCGGCCGUGCCGCCCGGGCUGUGCCACCUGCGAGGACGACACGCCCUGCCUGAUCCAGGAGGACCAGGUGCUGCGGGCAGCGGUGCUGUCGUGCCAGGCCUGCUGCAUGCUGGCCAUCUUCCUCAGCAUGCUCGUGUCCUACCACUUCCGACGGAGCAAGAGGAUCCGCACAUCGGGAAUCAUCCUGCUGGAGACCAUCCUCUUCGGCUCCCUCCUCCUCUACUUCCCUGUGUUCAUCCUGUACUUCAAGCCGAGCAUCUUCCGCUGCAUCGUCCUGCGCUGGGUGCGGAUGCUCGGCUUCGCCAUCGUCUAUGGCACCAUCACCCUCAAGCUCUACAGGGUGCUGAAGGUGUUCCUGUCGCGCUCGGCCCAGCGCGCUCCCUACGUGUCGAGCGGGCGGGUGCUGCGCAUGCUGGCGCCCAUCCUGCUGCUGGUGCUGUGGUUCCUGGCGGCCUGGACCAUCGGCAUGCUGGAGAACGCCCGCAAGAACAUCCCGCUGGUCAUCCGCGCCCAGACCAGCCGCGGCCUGCACUUCUCCAUCUGCGGCCACGACUGCUGGGAUUACAUGAUGGUCAUCGCCGAGAUGCUGUUCCUGCUGUGGGGCAGCUUCCUGUGCUACGCCACGCGCGCCGUGCCCUCGGCCUUCCACGAGCCCCGCUACAUGGGCAUCGCCCUGCACAACGAGCUCAUGGUCUCUGCCACCUUCCACGUGGUCAGGUUCCUGAUUGUCCCCUCGCUGCACCCGGACUGGACUCUGCUGCUCUUCUUCGCUCACACCCACGGCACCAUCACCAUGACCCUGGCCCUGCUCUUCAUCCCCAAGUUCCUGCACACAGGCUCGCCGCUGCGGGAGGAGAUCACGGCCGAGGUGUACGAGGACGAGCUGGACAUGCGGCGCUCGGGCUCCUGCAUGAACAGCAGCAUCGCGUCCGCCUGGAGCGAGCACAGUCUCGACCCCGAUGACAUUCGGGAGGAGCUGAAGAAGCUUUACCGACAGCUAGAGGUGCACAAGACGUGGCGGAUGGCGACCAACAACCCGCACCUGGCCAAGAAGCGCAGCUCCCGCCGCAGCCUCGCCCGCUCCAUCCUGCGCCGCAGCGGCGCCGAGCUGGCCGAGAGCGCGUCCCGCCGCAGCAGCGCCGGGGAGCGGCCGGGGACCCCGUCCCGCCGCGGCUCCUCGGCCAAGCGGCUCGUGGAUGCCGCCGGGCCCGGCCCGAGGAUGCGGGACGAGAGCUCCCGGCGCCGCUCCUCAGCCCUGCGCAAGUCCCGCAGCUCCGAGGGGCCCCCGCGGGAGCCCCGCCGAGGGUCGCGCACGCCCAGCCCGCCCCAGGAGCCUCCGCCGGCGGCCGUGACCGACCUGGAGCAAUCGGACAGCGACUCGCUGGACGCCGCCCCGCUCCUGUGCAAAUCGGCCAGCGCCCAGAACCUGGCGGGGCCCUGGCAGCGCCCCCCGGGCCGCGCCCCGCCGCUGCAGAAGUCGCACAGCGCUGUCACCGGGGCGCGGGACGCGGCGCUGCUGGCCGCCCGCAGGGCCACCCGCGAGCAGUGGCACGGCGGCCGCCACCUGUCCGCGCCCGCCCCGGGGGUCGCCAGCGGCACCGCGACGCCCCCGAGCCCCGCCGAGAGGGGCCCGCACGAGGGCGACGCCAAGGGACACAAGCAUGUCACCUACGCGCCCAUCAAGAGCGUCAGCGUGGACAGCGCCCACCCCGGCAGGAAGGUGCGGGUGACGGUGAAGAAAACGCCCCCUGCGCCCCCCGUGCGCUACCAGAGCCUGCAGCGCUCGGGGACGCUCGGGGACUGCGCGGAGCCACCCCCGGUGCCCCCGGGGCAGGCGGGAGAGGCGCAGGGGACAGGAGGGGAUGACCCGGAGCGCGCGUCCCCCCCGGCCGGGAAGGGCCGGCUGCCGGCCCCGAGCGCCAGCUCGGCGCACGUCUGUCCCUGGGAGCUGGUGCAGGACGAGAUCCUGGGCAGGAAACAAAGAGCGGCCGAGGCAGCGGAGUCGGGGAGCCCCGGGGACACAGCGGCCGCCACCCCCGGGCCCAAGCCGGCCCCCACGAAGAGUUUCCGGAGCCUGGGACUCGCCAUCAAAGCCCUCAACCGCUCCAGGGGGAAGAGCAUCCUGAAAGGGAAGAGCGAGGGGAGCCUCAGGAAGAGGGGGAGCAGCCGAAGGGAGAGGUCCGGCCCGGCAGAGGCCUCGGCCGCGUCCCUCGGCGGGGUCAGCCCCGAGGGGAGCGGGCAGAGCCUCGAGGUCCCCGCGCUGCAGCACAACAACAACGCCGCCACCGGCGGGGCAGGCGCGGGCUGGGGGGACAGCGGGACAGGAGGAGAACGGGACAGGCUGGCCGCGGGGACAGGCCAUGGGGACAGCGCGGCCGAGGAGCCCAGCGCUGCCCGGGGGGACGCGGGCACCGCUCUGGAGCCACCCAGCGCGGGCCACCAAGGAGCUGAACGCGCCCCGGAGGUGGCACGGGUACAGCCCCGGGAACGGGACCAGGCUCCGGCCGUGGAUCUGCGGGGGGACGUUCCUGCGGUCACAGCAGAGGAAGGGACACUGGAGGAGCCCGAGGGGACCAGCAGGUCCUUCCAGCCCAGGGAGCACCCGGAGGAGGAGCAGCCGCCUGCGAAGCCCACCCCGAGCAGCGUGCGCGGGGCGAGGCCGCCCGGAGGGCUCGGAACGCCGGCAGGAAGGGGAGCCUUGCUGCGCCAGGCCGCCAUCGCUCCCCGGGAGGACGGAGGGAGCCCAGAGAGCCCGGAGAAGGCGCUGGAAGAGCGGAGCAGCCAGCCCGAGCCCGAGCGGGGCCCUGGAAGGAGCUGGAGCGGCGCCGGGAGCGCACAGAGAGAGCUCGGUGCCGGGGGAACGCGGGGAGACCCCAGCCCCAAAGCAGGAACGUGCCCUGGGAAGGGCCGCAGUGAGGGGGAUUCUCAGCGCUCUCCGGGCAUGGAGAAACCACCAGGGCUGCCCAAAGAGGCCUCGGAGCAAGCGGAGGGCAGGAGGGCUGAGGUGUGCCCCUGGGAGAGCCGGGACCAGGGAAGGAGUGUCGGAGCAGAAAUCUGCCCCUGGGACACAGAGGGGGCUCCGCCGGAGCAGGGAGCCCCCGGAUCUGGAGAAGGUGUGGAGCAACCCCCAGCUCUGCCCAAACCCUCACCCCAGCAGGCUGGAACCAUGGAGAGCAAAAAGGCAAACAUCUGUCCCUGGGAGGUGGAGGAUGAGCCGCCCCCAAAGCCGGAGAUCUGCCCCUGGGAAGAGGCUGCAGCUCCGUCGGGGGAGGAGAGGUUGGGGCAGGACACGCGUGGCGCUCCCAAAGGGGAAGAAAAAGUAGGAUCCAGAGCACCAGAAAAGGGAAAGCAGCCCCCAGCCAAAGCCCUGCCCAAAUCUCCUUCAGGGAGACCCCAGAGCUCAGAGAAGGCAGAGAUCUGUCCCUGGGAGUCUCAGGGCUCUAAAUCCAGUGACAAAGCCGAAAUCUGUCCCUGGGAGGUGGCUGAGCCUCAGCUGGAGAAGGGAACAGCCCCAGGUAAGGGUAAACUCCCAGGAAAAGAAACAUCUAAAGUUCUGGAGAAGGGAAGCAGAGACCGAGAGUCCAUCUGUCCUUGGGAAAGCCAAGACAUGGAGCAGCCCCAGGCCAAACCCCAGACUGGGAGCUCAGCACUGCCCAAAGCAGCCCCAGGGAAAUCCCAGAGCUCGGAGAAGGCAGAGAUCUGUCCUUGGGAGAGUCAGGACAUUGAAUCGAGCAGCAAAGCUGAGAUCUGUCCCUGGGAGGUGGCUGAGCCUCAGCUGGAGAAGGGAACAGGCCAAAGUAAGGGUAAACUCCCAGGAAAAGAAACAAGCAAAGCUCUGGAGAAAGGGAGCAGAGAGAGGGAAUCAAUCUGUCCUUGGGAGAGCCUGGACACAGAGCAGCCCCAGGCCAAACCCCAGACUGGGAGCUCAGCACUGCCCAAAGCAGCCCCAGGGAAAUCCCAGAGCUCAGAGAAGGCAGAGAUCUGUCCCUGGGAGAGUCAGGACAUUGAAUCGAGCAGCAAAGCUGAGAUCUGUCCCUGGGAGGUGGCUGAGCCUCAGCUGGAGAAGGGAACAGUCCCAGGUAAGGAGAAACUCCCAGGAAAAGAAACCAAAGCUCUGGAGAAGGGGAGCAGAGAGAGGGAAUCGAUCUGUCCCUGGGAGUCUCAGGACUCUAAAUCCAGUGAUAAAGCUGAAAUCUGUCCCUGGGAGGUGGCUGAGCCCCAGGAGAAAGGAACUGGCCCAGGUAAGAAGCUCCCACCAAGAGAAGCCUCCAAAGCUGUGGAGAAGAGCAGCAGAGACCGAGAGUCCAUCUGUCCAUGGGAGAGCCCGGACACAGCAGAGCUGUGCCUGAAAUCUGCAGUGGGGAAGGAGCCAUCCAAGAAAUCCGACAGCACGGAGAGCAGGAAAUCUGAGAUUUGCCCCUGGGAAGCAGCAGAGCCCCUUGGGUUGGAGGAGGCAAUCUCCCAGGCAGGUGUGCAGCCCCAGGCAGCCCAGAGAGGUUCCCCUGCAGGGACGGGACAGCCGGGGGCCGGCGCUGUGUCCCCAGCACUGCUGGAGAGAUCCAGGGGCAGAUGCCAGGGGGAGGCCGAGCACAAGCCCCUGCGCCGGCUCCUGCCCAGCACGCAGCGCCCGGGGGCGGGCGGCAGCCCCAGCCCCGGCGCGGGCCUGGCCGAGGUUUGUCCUUGGGAGGCUCCAGCAGCACCUGCCAAGCCCAGCUUGGGCGUGGGGAAAAGCUCGGAGGUGUGCCCGUGGGAGGAGGAGAGCACGGAGCCCCCCAGAGCCCGGGAUGGGGGCGGGCUGUGAGGGGAUCCCAGCACCGGGGCCUCCAUCCCUCCAUGGACCCGUCCCUCCGCUCAUCCAUCCCUCCAUGGACCCAUCCCUCCACUUCAUCCAUCCAUGGAUCCAUCCCUCCACUCAUCCAUCCCUCCAUGGACCCGUCCCUCCACUCAUCCAUCCCUCCAUGGAUCCGUCCCUCCAUGGAUCCAUCCCUCCACUCAUCCAUCCCUCCAUGGACCCAUCCCUCUGCUCAUCCAUCCCUCCAUGGAUCCAUCCAUCCACUCAUCCAUCCCUCCACUCAUCCAUCCCUCCAUGGACCCGUCCCUCCACUCAUCCAUCCCUCCAUGGACCCAUCCCUCCGCUCAUCCAUCCCUCCAUGGACCCAUCCCUCCGCUCAUCCAUCCCUCCAUGGAUCCAUCCCUCCACUCAUCCAUCCAUGGACCCAUGCCUCCGUCCUUUCCCUCCAUCCUGGAUCCACCUAUCCCACCCAUCCACCCAUGGAUCCAUCCCUAGAUCCAUCCUGAUCCCCCCUGCCCAGUCCCGGAGUUGGACUGGGGGGUCUGGGGGUUGUGAGGCUGAAGGUCCUGGUUGUGUAAUUUUGUGUAAAUACAGGAAAUAAAUGGAAUUGUCUAUGGA